GCCGCUCCAGGAUCCUUCGCGCGCGCCGGGUCAGCCGCGUCCCUGUCCCAGCGUCCCCAGCCGGCUUGAGCCAUGGAAGCGCCGCGCCUGCUGCUCGUGCUGUGUGUUCUGCUGAGCCUGUCAGAAGCCAGAGAACAGAACAACAUGGGCUGUACCCUGCGUUGCCCUGACAACUCCACAUGUUUCAACAACUCCUGUGUCUGCAAAGCUGGAUUUUCACCUGAGCACAUCAGCAUCACGGACAGUUGUGAUGACAUCAACGAGUGUGUGCCUCCGAACAGUGUGAACUGUGGGCCGUUUGCCGACUGCAAGAACACAGUGGGGAGCUACUACUGUGAGUGCAGCCCGGGAUAUAAGCUCAAGACUGGAGCUACCAAGUUCAUGAAUCUGAGUGAGAACACAUGCCAUGAAACAACGACGCCUGCCACUUUAGGCUCAGCUGUGCCUACAAAUUUCCCUGAAGUUCCAGUCACCAUGGAUCCAAGGACUCAAGCUGGAUCCUCGGGAAGAAGGAUAGAGGAUGUGAACCAGCCAACACAGGACCACAGCACCUGCCAGGGCCCUAGUGAAGGCAAAUCCAUCUGUAAUUGUUCUCCAGGGUUCAAGUUCACCCCGGAAGGCCCAAGGCAGUGCACAGAUGUGAAUGAAUGCAUGUCUGGACAGAAACCAUGCCACAACACCACCCACUGCAUCAACACUGCCGGUAGUUUUCAGUGCAAAUGCCGGCGUGGAUGGAAGCCAGUUCCCGGAUCCCGCGAUGGUCCUCCCGACACCAUAUGUGAAGAGGUGGAUGAGUGUGCCACUGGGCAGCAUGAGUGCCACAAUUCUACCACCUGCGUCAACUCCGUGGGGUCAUAUAGGUGCCGCUGCCGGCCAGGUUGGAAGCCAAUGCCUGGGUUCCGCAAUGGCCCAAAGAAUACCACUUGCCAAGAGAUCCCCUUCCCUGUCUGGCGCCUGCCCUCUGGGAUCUCCAGCAAGAACCUCUCAGCCUUCCUUGACAAAGUCCAGGGUCUGAGUCGAGACUUGAAGUCCCAAGCAGCUGAGCAGAUCAUCAAGAAAUUUGUUGGGGUCGUGGAUGGGCUGCUGGAAGCCCCUGGGGACAUAAAGAACCUCUCCCAGAGAGACACGCACCGGGUCGCCACCUGGCUGCUCUCGUACCUUGAGCAUAUCCUGAGGUCCCUGGCCCAGGCCUUGCCCGAGGGCAGCCUCACCUACUCAUCCCCUUCUGGAACAGAGCUGUCCCUGGUGGUCAAGGAGAGCGGCAGCGGGAAUGUCACUGCGGGCCAGGGCCACGCACGGAUGCUGCUGGACUGGGCUGUCGUAGCAGGAGCAGAGGAUUCAAGCCAUGCUGUGGUGGGCAUGCUGUCCAGUCAGCACAUGGAGAAGUGGCUGGCCAAUGCCUCACUGGCCCUGGAGCCCGAGAAGCUGGUGCAGCUGACAGAGGCCAAGGAGAGACCUGUCCACGGGGCACGGGCCACGCUCCUCUCUGCUGUCAACUCUGUCUUUCUGAGCAACACCAACACGGACAAACUGGCCUCUCCAGUGACCUUUGCGUUCUCCCACCGUCCGGAGGAGCCUGGGACAGAGCUAAUCUGUGCCUUCUGGAAGAAUGACAGCAGCGGAAACGGACACUGGGCUACCACAGGCUGCCGGAGGCUGGGCAGUGGGAAGAACAGCACCACCUGCCAGUGUAACCACCUGAGCAGCUUCGCCGUCCUCAUGGCCCACUACCAGUUGGAGGACUGGAAGCUGACCCUGAUCACCAAGGUGGGGCUGUCGGUGUCGCUCAUCUGCCUGCUGUUGUGCAUCAUAACCUUCCUGCUGGUGCGGCCAAUCCAGAGCUCGCGUACCACCGUGCACCUACACCUCUGCAUCUGCCUUUUUGUGGGCUCCACCGUCUUCCUGGCGGGCAUUGAGAACGAAGGCGGCGAGGUGGGGCUGCGCUGCCGCCUGGUGGCAGGACUGCUGCACUACUUCUUCCUGGCUGCCUUCUGCUGGAUGAGUCUGGAGGGUGUAGAGCUCUACUUCCUUGUGGUACGCGUAUUCCAGGGCCAGGGCCUGGCCACGCGCUGGCAGUGCCUGAUCGGCUACGGCGUACCCCUGAUCAUCGUGGCCAUCUCGGCGGCGGCCAACAGCUCAGGAUAUGGCCACACCGCCCACUGCUGGCUGGAUCCGAAGCGGGGUUUCCUCUGGAGCUUUCUGGGACCGCUGACUUUUGUCAUCUUGUGCAAUGCCAUCAUCUUUGUGGUUACUGUGUGGAAGCUCACAGAAAAGUUUUCCGAGAUUAACCCAGAUAUGAAGAAAUUGCGGAAGGCGAGGGUGGUGACUAUCACUGCCGUGGCACAGCUCUUUGUGCUGGGCUGCACCUGGGGCUUCGGCUUGUUCCUCUUCAGCCCAGAGAGCUGGCACGACACAGUACUGACCUACGUGUUCACAGUGCUCAACUGCCUACAGGGCACCUUCCUCUUCCUGCUGCACUGUCUGCUCAAUAAGAAGGUAAGGGCAGAGUACCGCAAGUGGGCCUGCGCAGUCACCGGUAACAAGUACUCAGAAUUCGCCUCCUCCACUGGCAGCACCAGCCAACAGACCCGGGCCCUCAGACCAUCGGAGUCCGGGAUAUGAAGUCCAGGCUUGUGCGCCGACAUCAUCCUGUCCUAUCCCAGUGCUGCAGUCUUACACCUCAGGCUGCCUGCAGUGCAGAGGGCAGACAGAGCAGCUGCUCCUGACCUAAGAGCACGCAGGAAGCAGGAGUGGUGGAGGGACCUGCUCCUGGCUGCCUUUGCCACAACCCCAGCUGUGACUUGAUAUGCCAAGCCAAACCAGGGGACAAACCUAGGGCCCUGCCUCAACCUGCCCCUUUGUCUUCAGCUGUCUGCCAGACUAGAAGAGGAGCACAGGUUCAACUUCCCUAAGCUAGGACUGAUGCCAUGCCGGAGUGCUGGCCAUGCCCAAGUUCACGGUACAGAGGCGGCUGCCUGCAUGAAGGCACAGCGACCUCACAUUGUGAAAAGUUGUUGAUAUUUUGUUGUCUGUGUAAACCUUUCAAUGUUCACAUUUAAAAUUAAAUAUAUCACAUUGAUACAGAA